UGCUAGACUAAGACACACUUUUCUCAUCUCCUCGAAUGCAAAAAAACCAUUAGCCUUUAUAAAUACAGUGCUGUAUUAUAAAUACAGAAAACAUGUACUUUUUCAAUCAACACUUCUUUAUUUACCUCAAGUCUGCAAACACGCUGAGAUGCUUCAAACUGCGCGCCGCACUUCAUUCACGAGAGAGGCGGGAGGAUUAAUACGGUUUGACUGACAGUUUAAUGAGCCAAUGGCGUCACGAGGUUUAGUGGCGGUGACGUCGCUUACUGACCCAGGAUCAGUGAUCCGUAGCAGUUAUAUUUCCGAUUUGAGCUUAAAGUAUAGAAAAAUAUAUAGCUUUUAGCUUUUGUUGACGCUACCGCGCUACUUGAUCAAAAUAAGAGCUUAGCUACUGAAAAGCUAUUUGAUUCAGAAAACAGCGACGCUACCACCACGCUACUGAGAAAUGUAGUUAAGCUAGUAGCGUCACUACUUGUACCGACGCUACUGCCCAACACUGGAUUCAGUCAUCAAACAGCUGAUUAACAGAGUGGAUAAUGUGAGGAGAGGAACCACAUCACUUUCUUUAAAGAGACGAGCAGCUGGCAACAGUAAAGAAGAAGAUACUUUGCGUAGAAAGAAGAGACUAGACAGCUAUGGGUGUAAAAACUGGCAACCGGUGCAGCUACCAGCUAAUGAAACGCCUGACACCCAGAAACAUGUACAGGAGGAAAUGAAAAAAAUGAACAGAGAAAGGUGCCAGGACACCAACACUGUUGAGAAUAUGAUGAGGGCCACCUUCUUCACCCAGAGAAAAGACAUCAUUAAUGGUGUUGACACCUCUGAUUUGAUGCAUGAAUGGCCAUAUUUAUUUGAAACAGCUGGCAUGAUGACUCACUUUAAAGAGCUAACAGGGAUAGACAUUGAUGACAAAGCUAUAGCAAGUAAGUGUGCUAGGGUUGUUUCAUACUUCAAAUGUAGUGACAAGACAGCGAACAUGCAUACCAUCUUCAGGGAAAUGGAAAAAUCAAGCAAGAAUGUGGAUGAUGUCAGUGCUGCUGGGUUUCUUCAGCUAGUUCUUAGCUACUUCAGUGAGAGAGAAGACCAGAUGUUCCAUAAAGUGGAUCAGACAACCUUGUCCUCUGAAGUAGACUGUGCAAAUCUUCCAUGUACACCCUGCAUAGUUGUGUGUGGAAGUCCCCCCUUGACAGCAGAGAACUAUAUGUUUUCUGUGGACCAAGUCGUAGUAAACAGCCACAUCACCAUCUUCAGUGAUGCUCUGAAGCUGAUGUUUGCCUCGUACUACUGCUUCAACAUUUCAUACCCAGGAGACCAAGGAGCAACGCUAGAGUUUGUGCAAAGAUGCCUUUUUAAGAUGAACCCUGAGAAGGGACCAAAAGUGGAGAAGACCACAUCAAGAAAGCUAACAGCAGUCAGUCCGAAGGUUCUUUCAUUGAUUAGCAAGAUUGCGGACUAUGAAUGGAUGGACUAAAAACUUUGAGAGUCAGAUCAUCCUUCAUUGCCUAGCAGGCUUAAUAUAGUUGGCGAUCAUUUGCUUUCGUGGUUUGUAAUUUCUUUUUUUGUCCAUGCCUUAUGUGUUGUCAAGAUGAAUUCAUCUGUUCCCAGGUCGUUCGGAUUUGUUUAUCAAAUUGUUACAUUUUUACAGAUUUGAAAAAUUCCUUUUAUUGUAUAUUGCUGCAGCUUUGAUUUUUUUUUAAAUAAUUUUAUACUGUUGCAGUUAUAAAUUGUGUUGUUGCAGA